AUGCUCCGCGGAGAGUGGGACGUGGGUCAACCAUUGGGGACUCUCCAUGUGGGCAUUCUCGACUUGUUACAUUUGAUUCCUCCGGAGAAGGAACCCGAAAGGGAGCGAUCUGGCCGUUCCUUAGGUAUCGAGCGUCUCUCACUGCAUCCAUAUGCGGGACACACCCGGCUGAAUAAUCCAAGAAUAACCUGA